AUGUCAGCCGAGUCAACCCUGCUCACUGCGAACCGAGAGGAGCUUGUUAAGAACAUCCGGUUUGUGGAGCCGUUUCUGGACAAACUUCUCCAGACGAACCAGCUGACUGGUGAGGAGUGUGAGGUGGUGAGGAGCGGCAGGACUCCCCAGGACCGGGCCAGGGCUCUGAUUGGUCUGGUGGGCACCAAGGGGCAGGAGGCGUUCGGACAUUUUCGUCACGCCUUGAAGGAGACAAAUCCCGAACUGGAGGACACCCUACACAGGUGUGCAAAACACAACCUGCACUUGAAGCUGUACUGUGAGGAGUGCGGGGCGAUGCUGUGCCGCUCUUGUCGCUCGGAAGACCACAAGGAUCACAGGUGCACAUCUUUGGUGGCGGAAGGAGACGCCCUCCGCCGCGAGUUCACGGCCUUCAAGAGAGAGAAUCGGAAAAUCCUCAUCGAGCACAACAAAGAGGUCAACAGUUAUAAUGUCGCAAACAUGCGAAGGGAAGCAAACAAGAGAGCAGAGGCUCUUAAGGAGAAGCUUUGUGCAAAGAUAGACGAAGAACGUCGCUGGUUUCUGAAGCAAGUAGAUGACGGUUGUCAUGCAAAAGGUGUUUCAAGUAUUGCGGACUCGGAAAGCGUGGCGGGAUCAGAGAUCUCAUUUUCCUCAGCUGCCAAGGAAAACAAAGAGUCGAACGACACUGAAGAUGAUGGAGCGUGUGUUACGGAUGACCAGACGACUCUGUGUGACGAUUUGCAGACCGCCCAUCUCGAAGAAGAGAGCUUGGAUCUGUUGGAAGACGUUUUCUUACCGUUUGAUGACAACACACGGAUCCACAUAAAGGCAUCAAAAAAGUUUCCAACGGCAGAUUUCCUCCACUCAUUCGGAGGAACAGGAACAGAAAAAGGCCAGUUUAUCGCUCCAAUGGGUUUGACCAUCUGCCCCCGAAAUCGAAUCAUCAUAGCUGACACAGGAAAUGAUCGGGUCCAGCUUUUCGACAUUGACGGAAAAUGGCAGAAGGCGAUAUAUGUGGGAAAACAUAGAACAGCUGCUCCUAGAUAUCCAACCGCCGUUGCUUGCCGCUCUUUCUGUUCGCCAGGGGACGUCCUCGUUACGUGCCCUCUUACAGGAGAACUGCUACAGUUUGGGUUGAACGGCAAUACAGACACGCGGGGCUUGGCUAGAAUACAUGUCAAAAGCUGCAACGGUGUAGUUGUGCUGGAUAGAGGCAACACUGUUGUAAUUUCUGAAGAUCGCCACAACACAAUUGCAACUUACACGAGGGCAAAGUUCUCAUCUGGAAGUGUCAGGUACGUAAAGACUAAAACACACAAUAUACUCAAUGGGCCUUUCUGUGAACCACGGAACAUCAACACCGACGGCUUGUCCAACGUUUACGUUUCUGACAUUGGUGACAGCACGGUCAAACUUCUGGAUAAGAACGGAGAUUUAGAAGGCAUCAUUGGCAAAGACAUUCUGGAGUAUCCUACUGGAGUUUGUGUUGACAAAUCGGGCAAUGUCAUCGUGGCAGACGCGGAGAAAAACACCCUGGAAAUCUUUGCAAGUGACGGGCAUCAUCUUGACACCCUCAUACCCGAAAAUGAAGGCAUGAAGGCACCAUGGGAAAUAGCGCUGACACCAGACCAGACAAAGUUGGUCGUUGUGGACGGCGGAAACCAUCGUGUUGUCGUCUACAGGUACAACCAAGCUGGAGACGAGGGUGUACUCACAAACAAGGACAUACGUGACUAACGGACAUGAUAGCAAUACACUCAGAUACUUAUUUUUCUCUGUACCAAGUCAUGAGUAUGCCCUAUUAGCUAUACCCUCUGCAGUAUAGAGAGCAAGAAUGUAGGUUAUACUAGAGUAUCAUAGAACAAAAGGGUAGGGUAAACUAACUGAUAUUGUGAACGGUAUGAAGGACGUGAUUAGAUUUAUGGUGAUGAUUUUGAACUAUAGGCUAUGGCUUUACAUAAUCUUUAAGUGGGCACAAGUUCACAAGUGGAAAUAUACGGUUACACUAACUUUACACUCUAUAGAGAAUACAACAAGAGUGGAAUAAAUGCUAACUAGAUAGCAAAGUAUAUCUAGUCGUUUUAUACUGUGGCUUUAUUUUACAAAUUCCUUACGUAGGUACGAUAAGAGUUUUGUUUAUUGUCCUAAUUGUAUACUCUGUUGGUGAAAAGAACAGGAAUAAUAGACAAAUUAGCUAUUAGCUUAAUCAGAAUUGUAACCUUAUCAAUUCAGUUCAGUCAUCCAUCCGGUGACACUAUAAAGUUCCUCCAGACGACUCUGUCGCUCAUGACGGACAGGAGUAAGACCUUUAGAGUAUAUACUAGUAAAAACAACUGUAGCAGCGAGCAGAAAUGUAGCAUCAACUUCAUAAUUUAUAGGAGUCAAAUGUAAUAAAGCAUGGAAUUGAU